AUGUCAGCCCAGGAUGAGAGCAAUGGCCGCUCCUAUCUCAGCAAGCUAUCUCCCUGGAGCCGAAGUCCAAGUAUCAUGCCGAGCAAAGGCAAAGAAGGAGAGCCAUCCGCAGCUCCACUCCAAGAGCAGAAAGGCGCAGACCAUAUCGUAAGCCAUAGACAUCGCAUAAGCCUCAAGCAGUAUCCGAAAGACUGCCCACACCUUCGACCACAAUGGUUUCAUGCGGUCGACGUUCCUAAACGACGACCACAUCCUGCUGGAGAGAUCAAGGACGAGAAACCUGUGGGUAUACCCAAGAAGUAUGCGGCAUUCUCGACGAGAGAUUCGAAAGCGAUUGAGGCUGCCUUUCAAAAACUUCUCGAAGAGGAGGACUCGGUGGGAAAGUCGAAAUUUGAGCAACAGCGAGGGAGCAAACCUCACCCGCGCUCUGAUAGGAAACCAAACACAACUUUGGAGGAAGAGGACGCACGGGGAAAGAUAAAGGUUCCGGUUAAUGAGGACUACCUGUUUGAUGUCGAUGUCGAGCAGAGAGAGCUCGCUCCGGCAUAUUGGCUGGGUCCGGUCUACGAUGUUCGACGUGGUACUUGGUUUUAUCAGGACGGUAGCACACAAAGACCAUGUGAUGAGAAUCUCUCAAUGCAACUCGAAGAAGGCUAUCUCAAACUGAGACCGUGGCGCUUUGCGAGUACGCAGGCUACUCAAACGAAACCGCGCUCCGCCUCAAAUCCAAAAGGAAGGCCAGCUUCCUGGGCGCCAGGCAAUGAAUCUGCAACAUCUCCUCAUCCAGUAUCAGCCAAACACUCUAGCUCUGAUCUGCGAAAGCAAGCUGGAGACGAUUCCCGACAGCCAGUUCAAGUUUCAGCCAAUGACAGUAGCCCAAAUGAUCAAUCCCAGAACACUCAUCGUCUGUUCGGCGCACAUAUGAAUUCGGUGGUCACCUAUCAGGACGCAACGACAGCUUGGCUUCUGACAGAUGAUUUCAUGGCGCGGAUGAACUAUACCAUGUAUCAACGCUUUGCUGGCGGCGGUCAUUUUGGUGGACUGAAGCUGACGCGGGGCUACAUCAACCCAACGAAGAAGACGAAUGCUAAAGAUGACAAGUCUGUGGACGACAAGCAGCCAGUCCAGGAGGCUGAGCAGCAAAUCAAGGAGUUGGAGGAGCAGGCCAAUCGUCCAAGUACCUCGGAAACAAAACGCCAAACGUUGCAAAGGCAUAUGUCUUCUUUGCUGGAGGAUGCCACUGGCGAGACCCAAGACGAGGCCAAGCAGGACGAAGAGUUGCGCAAGCGAGACGAGCGUGAGAUCGAAGAUGACUAUCGUGAUACCGAAGGCGAAGACCAAGGUCGUGAAAUUGAACAUCUCAUCCUGGUCACCCACGGAAUCGGCCAAAGACUAGGGCUACGGCUUGAAAGCGUCAACUUUGUCCAUGAUGUCAAUACGCUGCGGAAGACAUUGAAGGCCGUGUAUGCGGACUCGCCAGACCUGAGGGCGCUCAAUGCUGAACUUGGCGAAUCCGAAACUGUGAACAGCCGGGUCCAGGUCCUGCCAAUCUGCUGGCGGCACUUGCUGGACUUCCCAAAGCAAAGCCUCCGACACAAUCGGAAGGAGCACGACAUCGCUGACAAUGACAAUAUCGAUGAUGAAGAUUACCCUUCAUUAGAAGAUAUCACUGUCGAAGGGGUGUCUGCCGUACGUAACUUGAUUACUGACCUCGCACUGGAUAUCCUUUUAUACGACUCUCCAGCGUACAAGGACCACAUCUCUCGGAUCGUUCUCAACGAGCUGAACAGGAUAUACCACCUCUUUAUGGAUCGGAAUCCGACCUUCAACGGCAAGAUCAGUCUUAUCGGCCACUCUCUUGGCUCCGCAAUCAUGUUCGAUAUACUCUCCAGACAGGAUCAGCCGCCAAAGCUCAGACGAAAGGGAGACAGGACUUUGAAGCUCGAUUUCCCAGUGGAAGACUUCUACGCUCUUGGCUCGCCUAUCGGCCUCUUUCAGAUGCUUGGAGGGCGUACAAUCGCUGCUAGGCCGUCCGCAGAGAGUCGCCCUCGAGCUGGCAGUAGCAUGGGCAGUAUGGACGACCCGAUGCUUGGUGCAGCCCCGGCAAAGAAGCUACAAGAUCCGCACCCUGUUCAUAUACAAGGCGAGAAUCCAGUCACAAGGCCGAAAUGUGCGCAGCUUUUCAACAUCUUCCAUCCUACUGAUCCCAUCUCAUACCGACUAGAACCUUUGAUAUCGCCUGCGAUGGCUACCCUCAAGCCCCAGCCCCUUCCUUACACGAAACGUGGCAUAUUUGGUGCGCCUGUCGGACAAGGCUUGACCGGUAUAGGAGCUCGUGUCAGCCAGUCUGUCAGUAGCAUGUGGUCCAGUAUGGCUUCCAGCCUACUCACACGUGGCCUGGGGUACUCUGAAGACACGUCCAGGGUCAUAGGUAACACACAAGGCAAGAGCACUGCACCAUUGUCAAUGGGAGGGGCUGUAUCGGCGAGCUCCACAGGUGCUGGGACAAAUGUCGCUGCCGGUGUUGUCCCUCCGACAGCACCGUUACCAGCUGAGGGGACUGAAAUUGCUAGGAUAGGUGAUGACACGGUCGAACGAGUUGCCAAAGACGCUCAAGCCGCAUCUGACCUGCGCAAGCAUCCUCCCACGCUCAUCGAUAGCGAGCUUGAGACCCUGUUCGGUGAUUUCGAGAAACGCCGCAAGUCGGUUCAAAAUGAUUCUCAGACCAGAGAUCUCGGUGCUGGAGCGAUCAAGGGUUCUCCAGAAUGGGCAGAGGCCGAAGAGCGAGGCAAGAGGCUGCGCAAGGAGGAGGAGAAGGUUCGCAAGCUGAACAGCAACGGACGCGUGGACUAUGCCAUCCAAGAAGGCGCCUUCGACAUCAACUUGAUCGCGGCCAUCGCCAGCCACUUAUCAUACUGGAGUGAUGAGGUAAGGCACCCAGAAUGUCAAGCUAUCUGGGAGAUGACUUCUGACCUUAGUUAAUAGGACGUCAGCCACUUUAUUAUCAGCCAGUUGUUGAGUCGGCACCGCAUAGUCCGUCCACGGGCCGAAUCUGCAGGCAAGGUGUCUACUGGGCGGUGA